CAAAUUCACAUCACAUGCUAUUGAAUCUCUCUCAUUUCAUCUAUUGUGCCGAUCCCCUAUUUAAGCCAUUCCAUACAUUUCAACUCUCUCCAUCUUCAAAAACCACAAACAAAAAUAAAAAGUGAAUAUUACAUUCUAUUCUCUCAAACUCCCCUUUUAAACUUGUUCAACUUCCUUUUCUCUUUUCUCUACCACUUAGUCUUAACAAAACAAGAGACAAAUUAUUAUGAUGAAUAAUAAUACCUGUAUCAGUAUUCCUCCAUUGGCUCAGACCAUGGAUGGUGAUCACUUCUUUGAUCAUCGGUGUAUAUGGGUCAACGGACCGGUGAUCGUCGGAGCAGGACCGUCUGGAUUGUCAGUAGCAGCUGCUCUCAAACAACAAGGAGUCCCGUUUGUUGUUGUCGACCGAGCUGACUGCAUUGCCUCUCUUUGGCAGCACCGGACCUAUGAUCGUCUCAAACUUCACCUUCCAAAGCAAUUCUGUCAACUUCCCAACUUCCCUUUCCCAGAGGAGUUUCCUGCUUACCCCUCCAAGUUUCAGUUCAUUUCUUACUUGGAAUCCUAUGCCAACCAUUUUGACAUAACUCCACGUUUCAACGAAACCGUACAGUCGGCCAAGUAUGAUGAAACUUUCGGCUUGUGGCGAGUCAAAACCCUUUCGUUGAGUCCGAAGCCAACUCAGGUCGAGUACAUUUGCCGGUGGUUAGUCGUUGCCACAGGAGAGAAUGCUGAGAAGGUUGUGCCAGAGUUUGAAGGGAUGGAGGAAUUUGGUGGUCAUGUCAUGCAUGCUUGUGAAUACAAAUCCGGUGAGGCUUACCGUGGGAAACGGGUGCUUGUCGUCGGGUGUGGGAACUCUGGCAUGGAAAUUUCACUUGAUCUUUGUAACCAUGAUGCCAAGCCAUCCAUGGUGGUACGAAGCUCGGUUCAUGUAUUGCCAAGAGAAAUACUUGGAAAAUCAACUUUUGAAGUUGCAAUUUCACUCAUGAAAUGGCUGCCACUUCAUAUGGUGGACAAGAUGCUGUUGAUCAUUGCCAGACUUGUUCUUGGGAACGUUGAGAAGUACGGACUCAAAAGGCCAUCAGUGGGACCUUUGCAGCUUAAGAAUGCCGCUGGGAAGACUCCCGUGUUGGAUAUUGGAGCACUGCAGAAGAUAAGAGCCGGCGAGGUCAAGGUGGUGGCCGGAAUAAAAAAAUUCCGGCGAGGUGCAGUAGAACUGGUUAAUGGAGAAGUUAUAGAGAUUGAUUCUGUAAUUCUAGCUACUGGCUAUCGCAGCAAUGUUCCAUCUUGGCUCAAGGAAAAUGAGUUCUUUUCCAGUGAUGGGAUUCCAAAAAGUCCAUUCCCAAAUGGGUGGAAAGGCAAAGCUGGACUCUAUGCUGUUGGGUUUACAAGAAAAGGCUUAGCAGGAGCUUCACUGGACGCCAUUAAUGUAGCUCAGGACAUUGCCAAGAGCUGGAAAGAAGAUACUAAACAAAAGAGAAAAUCAGUGGCAGCUCGCCACAGAAGAUGCAUUUCACAUUUUUAAUGCAAAAGGGCUGCCUUUAUCUUGUGAAGAACAGUAACCAACAAAAAACAAUGCAAAAGAAACAAAUUAG